UUAAUUUACCAUAUGUGCAAUGCGUUAGUCGUCGAUCAGUCCGUCUGCUUCCGCGGCGCCUCCGCCGGGAAGCUCAUCGCUACGGCGGCGACACCCGGAUCAUCACCGGAAGGCACUUCGCGGCGAUAUUAUGUCCGAGUUCCUGACAGCAUGGAAUUUUGAAGAAGAGUGGGUAAGGACAAAAGCGAAGAUGACGAAAAAAAAGCUAUACCCUAAUUCAGGCGCAGCGGGUUAAGGGAUUGAUGAAUAUAUGGUAAGUGAUCAGAACAGGAAAAUUUGAUUCAAGAAUAUACCAAAUCCCAACCUGAGCAAUUGUAAUUCGAAUUCAAUUAAGCUCCUUUGGGUUCUAUUCGUUCACACUGGUUCAGUAUACAAGAACCCUAAUCCAUAUGUGGAGUGGAGCGGUGGCACACGGAUUUAUAUAUGCCUACCUAAAAUCUUCAUUACAUUCAUAUCGAAUCGGUGAGCGCUCCCUAUUUUGCUCGCCCUCUCUAUCUCAAGAAUUUCUUGUUUUCUCCGCCCAAUUUGAGUUUGGGUGAAUAUUUUCGGGCCGUGAGUUGGCGGAGGAAGAUUUGGGUAUAUAGAAAACCCUUGCUCUGCCAUGGAAGAAGGGCACAGAGACGGAAAAUCAUCUGAGAUUCACUUGGAAGACGAUAGAGUCCUGGCUGAGAAGAACAGGAAGAGAACAAUAAAGACUCCUGCACAGAUUCAAGCAUUGGAGAACUUUUAUAUGGAAAACAAAUACCCAUCGGAUACGAUGAAAGCAGAAAUUUCUGAGGCGACAGGCUUGACGGAGACGCAAGUAUAUGGAUGGUUUUGCCACCAGAGGUUGAAAGACAAGAAGAUUCAUUUUAGCUCUGUAGCUGGAGGGCCGGAGCACUCGAGUGGAGUAGUGCAAGAUCAUGGCAGUGGGCAUAGGCCAGAUUCUUGCGGCAGUACAAAACUCGGAGGUUUUGAUACCAAGGAAGUCGAAAGUGGUAGGGUAAUUCUUCCACAACUUUCCGGUGCGGAACUCGCGAUUUCUGGAAAGAAAAGAAGUAUACACAACACAUCGUCCGGGAGUAGUUCAUCAUUGAGGACCUUGCCUGGCAAUAAUAUAGUAAAGCCCACCUAUAUGGAAACUUCCCGGUACUUACCUCCGAAAUCUCCUAUGGAUAUGCCUGCUGCAAACCGUAGGUCAGGCCCUUCGGGUUAUUUAAAGCUGCUGAAGCGCCCGUCUGAGAACCCCGCUGUAACUGCAGUCAAGCAACAGCUGGGAAGCCUCCAUACAGAGGAUGGUCCACCACUAGGUGUCGAUUUUGACAGUCUUCCUCCUGGUUCCUUCAGAUCAAGACAGGUUCAAGUUCAUGAAAACUACGGUAGGAGAGAAGGCAUUUCACCUGCUCCAGGUGGUAUUUUGAAUCUCGACCAGCACCCCAAGUUUGGAAAGGGAUUCGAGAUCGGCUCCAGCGGACCAUCACUUGGAUUGAAAAGGGAUAGAGCAAGUUUUAAGGUCCCUCAAGGAUCAGAUGGGCUGGACAUUGUCGGGCACCAAAAUGUUUCAACCAGCACGUGCGACAAUAUCUGGAUUCUCGCACUUCCGCGCAGAGGGAGUGCAAAGGGCGCAAGGAUAGGCAAAAACGGUGGCAGCAAGAUCGAGAUUCCCAAGAAGAAGGAUAUCACUGCUUCAAAAAGGCCUCUGGACGGACUUCCUCCUCCGCAGCAGGAACCAUCAGUAAAGAAACAAUCUGUGGCACCCGCCUGCGACGCAACCGACCCAGCCAUAAGGUCUGGUGGCGAGCCCGGGACCGGAGGUAGUGUUAGUGAUGAAAAAGAGGCGAAUAGUGGAGCAGAGAAAAGUUGUUGUGUGGAGUAAAGAACUCCAAAUAUUGGCCUUAGCAGCAGCAGAUCUCCUCCCUAAGGUGAGGUUAUGAACAGAGUUUAGUGCUUUUGUUUUGCAUUAUUGAGGUAGAAUGAUUCAUGUGUAUGUGUAUGACUGAGCAAUUGUGGUGUGGUGUUGUGGCGGCUACUGUGGUGGUGGUGGGGUGGGGUGGGAAACACUCACCACUCACCUUGUUGUUGUAUAGUUUUGUUGUUGAUAUUAUUAUGUACAUUUUUUUGCCUCAAUGCUUUCUUGUACAGCAUUGUUGAUUUA